AUGCCUCGGCUCCUCCGCAUUCGAAGACCCUGCUGGGGUACCAGGGGCCCUGGGGCCCAGGCCCAUCUCAUCGGAUUCCUUGCGGGCCGGCUGCUGCCGGCGCUGGCCUGCCCGCGGCGCUCCGCAGGCGCAGGCGUUCAGGGGCCGGCGCCGCCGGUUCCCGUUCCAGCUGGCGUGGCGGCGGCCCUGCCGGAGGUGCCGCACCUGCCGGCCUCGGAGGUGGGGGAGGACUUUGCCGCUGAGGCGCGGGCCCAGGCGGCGGCGGUGCGCGAGAGGCGCGCGGCCGCGGCUCAACGCUGCUAG